AUGGAGGAUUUCAAUAUGUUGGUGCCAAGGAUGAGUACAAUCAAUUUGGCAGAAGAAGAUGAGGGUGGGUUAGAUCUACAGGGCAACAUUGCUGCAACUGAAGAGGUGGAACCAGGAUUCAAUUGGAGGCUGGCGUUGAUAGGCAGAUUCAUUCAAACGGGAUCAUUUGAUUUUCCUUCAAUGCAACAGACUCUAGCUUCUAUAUGGAGACCUGGGAAGGGAGUUUUCAUCAAAGAAUUGGAUAAUAAUAGAUUUUUAUUCCAGUUCUAUCACGAACUGGACAUUAAGCGGGUGGUGGAAGGAAGCCCAUGGUACUUCAAUCGUAAAGCCCUCAUAAUCUCCCGUAUGAACGAAGAUGUUAAUCCGCGGUGUGUUCCUCUCAAUUCUCUGGACUUGUGGGUUCAAAUUCACGAUUUGCAAACUGGUUUCAUGAAGUACGAGAAUGUACCAUCUUUCUGCUUCAUCUGCGGUUUGCUGGGUCAUUCUGAACGAUUCUGUCCCCGCCGUUUUGAUACUCCGGAGGACGAGCUUGUCCAGCCAUAUGGAGAAUGGAUGCGCGCACCUCUUCGCCGGCAAACCAAGUUAAUCGGCGCACAGUGGCUCCGGACUAGUAUAUCUGAGGAACUACCGUCCCAAUCCACGGCUGAAACCUCUCCCGCGAUUGCUACCAGACCCGAACCCCCAGCUGACGCUCCUCCAGAUUUUUCGCUCGAGAUCCACGGUUACAGCCCCACUCUUCAAGAUCCCACAAAUCGUGGGUAUCCACUUCGUCAGAUUGGGGAAGUUACUUCGUCACAGAGUCAACGUGCUUCCAGCUCUCAAGACAAUGAAAAGGCACGUGAAUUUAAUACUCUAUCACAUGGGCCUCUUGUUACUGAAACAAAAAAGAGAAGAACCGUAGUGGAAAUGGGCCGUGUAGAGAUUUCUUCGCAUCCAGCUACCCAUAUCACUCAGAUGGACCGCGAUGAAAUGGGCCGUGAAGGAAUAGACUCUCAUUUAAUGGAUAUUGCUCCUGAGCUGCAUCGACGAGAUGAAAAUAUGCUGGCUAAUGGAGUUGACGUGGAGAACAGUAGCAUGAAUGUUGAUCAUCAAGAACAGGAAUUUUCACCUCUGUCAAAAAACUUGGAUACGGCGGGUACCAAGGACAAAGUUGACAGAAUAAGGAACUCUUUGGGGUUUGAAGGUAUGAUAGUAGUGGAAGCACAAGGUCACAGUGGCGGUCUUGCAAUAUUAUGGAGACAUAAGGAAGAAGCUCAGUUAUUAUCUUUUGGCAAGAACCACAUUGAUGUUAUUAUUACCACCAAGGAUAGGCCAACUCAUCGCUUGACAGGGGUAUAUGGUGAGCCUAAUCGUGCUAGGCGUGCAUCAACUUGGAGACUUCUUCGUCAUCUGGCUGAUUCUUCUCCUUUACCAUGGUGUGUUAUAGGCGAUCUUAACAACACUCUCACUAUCGCAGAUAAAAGAGGAGGUCGUCCUUAUCCGUCCUGGCUAUUACAGGGCUUUCAAGAAGCUAUCAAUGACUGUGGUCUAGUUGAUGUGGAAUUAACUGGUUACCAAUUUACUUGGGAUCGAGGUCGUGGAUCUGACCAUUGGGUAGAAUGCAGAUUGGAUCGUGCUUUGGUUAAUUCUGCAUGGCUUCAUCUCUUCCCUAGAUCUCUACUUAUCAACGUUGCGAUAUCCACCUCAGAUCAUUGUCCAAUUUUACUUGAUCCUGUGCCUAUUAUUGAGGAAGUGUGGUGGAAAGAUCGAGAUGCCCCAGUCUUAGAUAAGAUAGCCCUUUGUGCCGAAGCUUUGCAAGAGUGGGGCAAAAGCAUAACUGGUAAUUUCAAACAAAGAAUGGAUAGGUGCAAGGCAACCAUAAAGAGACUGAAACCUUUCAGAGAUCGAAGAUCUAUUCAGAAGCAUGAAGAGGCUAGUAAAGAGCUUUUUGAAAUCUUGACUCAAAAGGAAGUGUUUUGGCGACAACGAUCCAAACAAUUAUGGUUGAGAGAAGGUGACCACAACUCCAGGUAUUUCCAUGCAGCGGCUAGGACCAGAAAGCGCACAAAUAAUAUUCACUCUCUGUAUAAUGAGUCUAAUCAACUCAUUGAGUGGAAUAAUGGUCUUCAAGAGCUAAUGGUGGAAUACUUUCAGACUUUGUUCAAGUCCACCGUUCCGUGUUGGGACCCUGUUGUUAGUUGUAUUACGAGGGCUAUUACUCCUGAUCAGAAUCUAGCUUUAUUGUCCCCUAUAGGCGAGGAGGAGGUGAACGCUGCAAUCUUCCAGAUGCAUCCUGACAAGUCUCCAGGACCAGAUGGCAUGAGUCCUGGUUUUUAUCAGAAAUACUGGCAUAUUGUUGGGUCAGAUGUAGUUAAUGAGGUGCGACGCUUUUGGAAUGAAGAAAAGUUUGCUGAUCAAUUGCCUCUUACAAACAUAGUGCUUGUCCCAAAGAAAAAGAGCCCGGUGUCAAUGUUGGAUCUUCGUCCCAUCUCGCUGUGUAACGUAUUGUAUAAGAUUAUAUCGAAGGUGUUGGCAAACAGACUAAAGCAGGUGAUUGAUGACAUCAUUUCAGAGACGCAGAGUGCCUUUAUUCCAGGUCGGUUAAUCACAGACAAUAUCAUGAUCUCCUAUGAGCUUAUGCAUUAUAUGAAGAGAAAAACCACAGGAAAACAAGGGUACAUGGCCCUAAAACUGGAUAUGAGCAAAGCUUACGAUCGUGUAGAGUGGGACUAUUUACAGGCGGUCCUUCGUAGGAUGGGAUUCGAUGAGAAGCUGGUGAAGUUAUUUAUGGCCUGUAUUACCUCCGCUAGGUAUCAGAUUGUGCAUGCAGGCAAAGUAUUCGGCCACAUCAUUCCAGAGAGAGGAUUGCGCCAGGGUGAUCCCUUAUCCUCUUAUUUGUUUAUCAUUUGUACAGAGGGAUUUUCAGCCUUGUUACAAGAUUAUGAAGAGAAGAAGCUACUUAAUGGUAUUCAGGUGGCUAGGGGUGCUCCUAAGGUUUCUCAUAUGUUUUUUGCAGAUGAUAGUUACAUCUUCUGUAAAGCAUCAACCGUGGAGGCACACCAUGUUUUGCAGCUUUUGGGCGUUUUUGAGAAGGCUUCUGGGCAGAAAAUAAACUAUGAUAAGUCUUCUAUUUUUUACAGUAGGAAUACAUCGAUCCAGGUCAGAGAUACAAUAUGUGGUGAUAUGGGCAUUCACGAGGCAGAUGAUAAUAGCACCUAUUUGGGGUUACCUAAUAUAUUGGGUCGUAACAAGUCAGUGAUCCUAGGCUAUCUCAAGGAUCGCAUACGUAUCCGAAUUCAAAAUUGGGAGAGUAGAUUUUUAUCUAAAGCAGGAAAGGAGAUUCUAUUGAAGACUGUUGCUCAAGCUCUCCCUAAUUAUGCUAUGAGUGUUUUUCUCCUCCCAUUGGCAACAAGCAGAGACAUUGAGCGUUUAAUGAAUAGAUAUUGGUGGUCCUCCUCAUCUAAGAAGUCUAACGGCAUUCAUUGGCAAAGUUGGAGUAGGCUUAGCAAACCCAAAGAGUCGGGUGGACUUGGUUUUCGUUCGUUAUACGACUUCAAUCUUGCUCUUCUCGGGAAACAGGGAUGGCGUCUCUUGCAACAGCCGCAGACAUUAGUCAGCCGAUUAUACAAAGCAAGAUAUUACCCCCAUACCUCCUUCCUUUCGGCCACAAUAGGAGGCAGUCCAAGCUAUAUUUGGAGGAGCAUAUUGGCAUCUCAAGAGCUCAUUCGACAAGGUGCUGCUGUUCGAAUUGGAGAUGGGCAAUCAAUAAACGUUUUGGAAGUCCCUUGGCUCCCUAGUCCGGACCCCUAUGUCCAUACUAACUCUAGUGUGUUAGUCAACAAAAAAGUUGCCCAGUUAAUGACGGCUGACCAACGUGAAUGGGAUGAAGAUUUACUCCAAGACCUUUUUAUUGAUAGAGAUGUUGGUAUAAUUAGGAAUAUCCCAAUACAGGCUGAAAUUGAUACAUGGUUCUGGAAAUUGGAUAGACUUGGGCAUUAUACAGUGAAAAGUGCUCAUUCAUGGAUUCAAAAGAAGGAGAUAACAGAGGUGGCAGAGGAAAUUUCGGUUUACUGGAAGAGAUUGUGGAAGUUGGGUAUCCCUCCUAAAGUCAAAUCGUUUUUAUGGCAGGCCUCCACUAAUUGCCUCCCCACUAAAUGUAAUCUUCAAUUCAAAGGUAUCUCAGUGAAUGCUCUUUGCCCCUUCUGUAAUUCAUGCCGUGAGUCGACCUCCCAUGUCCUCUUCUCUUGCUCAUUCUCUCAAGUUUGCUGGAAUCUUCUUGGAGUCCAAAUUGACCCCGAUGACCCAGGUGUGUUCGCCGAUCAUUUUGCUAAGCUCCUAGAUUCUACGCAGGCCGAUAAUAUAUUGCUCAUACCCAUGCUCUGUUGGGCGUUAUGGAAAUCACGAAAUGAGCUCAUCUGGAAUCAAAAAGGAGCCGAGGCUUUUGAAAUCGUGACUCUUGCCCGUAUUACCUUGGAGCAAUGGAAGAAUGCCCAAGAUCGUUCUUUUGAUCUUUCGCUCGGAUUCGCUCAUCUCUCAGACGGUGCCGUCAAAUGGCAGCCUCCUCGCCCAGGUACCAUUAAAAUCAAUACAGAUGCGGCUCUUUUUGUUGGCCCAGACCGAUUCUCUUUUGCUGUUGUUGCUUGUAAUCAUGAAGGGAGUCUUCUGGAAGCCAAAGCAAGCUGUGUUGGGGGCCUAGUUGAACCUGAUUUUGCCGAAGCUUUAGGGAUAAGAGAAGCCCUUAGCUGGAUAAAAACUAAAGAUUGGCACAAUGUGGAAGUGGAAUCAGACUCCUUGGUGUCAAUACAAGCUAUUCGAAGCUCCUCUGUUUUCCUCUCCUAUUUCGGCAGAAUUAUUCAGGAUUGCAGACGGUUGUUGCUUGAUCUCAUCUAUCAUGAAGUAUCCAUCAAAUUUGUAAAACGAUCUGCAAAUGCUGUAACUCAUUCAUUAGCAAAGACUACUAGCAUUAUUUCUGAUCGUAUUGUUUUUAGGAGUGCUAUCCCUCCUGAUAUGAAUUGUGUAUUGUUGAACGAUUUGCUAGUUUAA